AUGGCCGCCGUCGGCUUCAAGGCUGCGGGCAGCGGCUUGUGGAAGGGUAACGGGGCUGGCUUGCAGCUGGCCGCCGCCGUCUUCUGCCAGAGCUGCAGCUCCGCCGCCAGCAGCGGCCCUGGCGAGGGCAGGCGGGCGAGCUGGGGCCAGCAAAGGGCUCAGCACCAGUCUGCGGGGCAAUUCCCACCCCCGGCAGUCCCCGGCAGAACCCGGAGAGCCGCGGAGCCCAGCCCGGCCGCAGCCGGCCCCCUGAGCAGCCAGCCUAGCCCUGCCGAGGGCGCCGACACUAAGUCCUACCUAUGGGCCAGAUACCACGAGAUGAAAAAGCUGGUGUAUGAUCUUCUUCCACCGGGAGUCUGCAAUCUCCUUAACCCUGCAGCUAUCUACGCAAAUAAUGAGAUCAGCUUGAGAGAUGUUGAGAUCUAUGGCUUUGAUUAUGAUUAUACAUUAGCACAGUACUCUAAUUUAUUACAUUCUAUGAUAUUCAACACUGCCAGAGACAUACUAAUUGAACAGUACAAGUAUCCAGAAGGACUCAAGAAAUAUGAUUACCUUCCAGGAUUUGCCAUCAGAGGGCUUCACUACGAUGUGCAAAAGAGUCUUCUGAUGAAGAUUGAUGCUUUCCAUUAUGUCCAGUUGGGGACUGCAUAUAGAGGGCUAAAGCCAGUGCCUGAUGAAGAGGUUAUUGAAUUAUAUGGUGGUACCCAGCACAUCCCACUGUACCAGAUGAGUGACUUCUAUGGCAAGGGUCCUUCAAUUAAACAAUUCAUGGACAUCUUCUCCCUUCCUGAAAUGACCCUGCUCUCCUCUGUCAUUGACUAUUUCAUAAAUCAUGGCAUUGAGUUUGACCAGGUUCAUCUUUACAAGGACAUAUCUGAUGCCAUUAAAGACGUGCACGUAAAAGGAAUGAUGUACAAAUGGAUUGAGAAGGACAUGGAGAAAUACAUUCUUCAUGGGGAUGAAACUUAUGCUGUCCUAAACCGACUGGUUAACCUCAACAAGAAACUCUUCCUUAUUACAAACAGCCCCUUCAGCUUUGUAGAUAAAGGAAUGAAACAUAUGGUUGGCAAGAACUGGCGGGACCUCUUUGACAUGGUCAUUGUGCAAGCUGAUAAACCCACCUUUUUCACUGAUAGACGCAAACCUUUUAGAAAAUUGGAUGACAAAGGCUCACUCCAAUGGGACAAAAUAAACAAACUAGAAAAGGGAAAGAUCUACAAACAGGGAAAUUUGUUUGAUUUUCUAAGGCUAACAGGUUGGCGUGGGUCCAAAGUACUUUAUUUCGGUGACCAUCUGUACAGUGAUCUUGCAGACUUGAUGCUGCGUCAUGGCUGGAGGACAGGAGCCAUUGUACCAGAACUGGAACCUGAAAUCCGGAUCAUUAAUACAGAGCAGUACAUGCACUCGCUGACUUGGCAACAGGCACUCACAGGGCUGCUGGAGAGAAUGCAGAUGUAUCAAGAUGCAGACUCAAAGCAGGUGCUGCUGGAAUGGAUGCAAGAGCGUCAGGAAAUUAGGUCCCUUACGAAGAACUUAUUCAAUCCUCAGUUCGGGAGCAUCUUCCGAACCUUCCACAACCCAACCUACUUCUCUCGGAGACUGAUCCGGUUCUCUGAUAUCUACAUGGCAUCCAUCAGCUGCCUGCUGAACUAUGAUGUGAACUUCACCUUUUUCCCCCGGCGCACCCCUCUGCAGCACGAGGCGCCCCUCUGGAUGGAUCAGCUCUGCACGGGUUGUAUGAAGACCCCCUUUCUGGAGGAGAUGGUGCACAUCCGAUGAAGGGAAAGUAUGUGAGCUGAAGUUUACAGUGAUGUAGUGCUAGAAUUGUUUGUACAAAGGGUCAGGCUGUUUGGCCAUGGAUUGCCUAUCGCUAAAGAUGAUUUUAACACG